UGGAUCUGCCAAUCACACUACAGCCUGCUCGAAAAAGAAAAUAGGAAAACUGGAAAAGAGAGUAAAAUUGAAAGAGGGAAAGAAAGACCGGCCCGUUUGGGUUUCCCAUUCAGUCACCAAAAAGAAAUAUCCAUUAUUACAAAUUCCCAUCGACAUAUAUAUUUUUCUUCAAAGCUUCUCAGAGUGUUAGGAAAGUUGCUCCCAUUAUUCAUUAUGGUGGGGGCUGCCUAACUCAGCAGGGAAUCAAUCAGAGAGAGUGAGAGAGAUGGAGGGGGGAGGUGGGAAAACAGGAAGAAAACAAAUCAUACACUUUUCUUCUUUCUCUCCUUUUGAGAGGUUCAAAUUGAAGUGGGUUGCUUUCUCUGUUUUUGCUGCAUAAGAGAUUCUCUUCCUCUCCCCUUUCAAGUCAAAGAAGAAAGAAGAUUUUUUUUUUUUUUUUGAAAAAAGAAAAGUUAGUAUGAAAUGGGAGGUGGGAGAAAGGAAGAGCCACAGCUCAUAGCAUAUAUUCCCUUCCAAAAUAACCCCACUUAUGUUUCCUGAUAUGGAGUGAGAACAUAGGACAGCCCAACAACUCCAAAAUUAUAUAGCUGCCACAUUUUCAAGCAUAGCUGAAAAGGAUCAUAACUCAUAUUUAUGUUUCAGUCUUCUACUUGUCUAUCAUCCACAAAACAGAAAUGGGUCUGCGCCAUCAAAAUAUGAACUUGGUUUUGUCCACUGAUGGAAAGCCUAGGCUAAAAUGGACUCAAGAACUUCAUCAAAGGUUUGUUGAAGCAGUCAAUCAACUUGGAGGUGCAGAUAGGGCAACACCGAAGAGUCUGAUGAGGGUGAUGGAGAUUCCUGGACUUACUUUAUACCACUUGAAGAGCCAUUUACAGAAAUACAGGCUAGGGAAGAGUCAACAGUCCCUGAUUAGCAGUGAAAACAACCAAGAAGUUCUCUUUGUUGCCGAUGCCAAGGAGAUUCAAAGUAGUGAUGAUCAUUUCCAAGAGUCUGCAUUCAUUCAAAGUAGCGGGGGAAUCUGCAGUGAUGGAAACCAACAUCCAAUUAAUGGAAGCUUUCAGAUUGCUCAGGCUCUCCAAAUGCAAAUGGAAGUGAAGAGGAAACUUCAUGAACAGAUUGAGGUACAGAGACAUUUGCAGCUGAGAAUUGAAGCGCAAGGGAAAUACUUACAGUCAGUAUUGAAGAAAGCACAGGAAACACUGGCUGGAUAUAAUUCUUAUUCUAUAGGUGUAGAACUUGCAAAAGCUGAGCUCUCUCGAUUAGUCUCAAUGGCUAAUAGUGGAUGUCCAAGUUCUUCAAUAUCUGAUUUGACAGAAACAGGAGGUUCAAGCUUAAGAGACAUGGAGAGGACACAAAUGAGGAGUGCAGUUUGUUCAAUGGAAAGCUCCUUGACAUCAUCUGAGAGUUCUGGGAGAAAGGAAGGUAUGCAACGAAAGAAUGAGAUUCAUGACACCGACAAGUCCAAUACAGCCUCUGUUGAGCUUCCUUUAAUGGAUAUUCACCCGCAAGACAACCCAUUGAAUACUUGUUCAAGUAAUCAAGGGAGGAAGAGAAGUGGUAGUAUCAUUUCUGAUGGUGUUUCUGUGGAGCAGCCACUGGCUAGUAGAUUGAAAAAUGGUGAUCAGUUGAGUCUGGGGAUGUUUGAUUUGAAUAGCUAAUAUCAACACGACAUUGAAUCAGGUUCGGAAUCAAUAGACUUAAACUGUUAGGGAACUGAACAGCUCAACUGGGUACCUUUGGAGUUUGAGGAUACUUGAAGGGUUCUACUGAUAUAGUCUAUGCAGGAAAGUUACCUGAUAGAGUUAAUCUUUGUUUAUAAACUAUGUAUAUUGGUAUAUGUAUGGACCCCAAGAAACUUCUGAAAGUAUAUCCAUAUCAAAAGAUGGUGUUAUAUA